AUGGAGUCUUCAAAACAAUAUGGAAAUAUCUUUAUCCGAAAUAACGAAGAAACCGGUGUUGUUGAGCACUACGUCGAGAAGCCGGAAAAUUGCGUUACUUCUACAAUUAGCUGUGGUAUCUAUGCGUUUUCUACGUCUAUUUUUGAAGUCCUCAAGACAAUCUACAAGAAAACCUCUUCACACGGCCCCAUUUCCCUCGAGCGCGAUGUUUUUCCUACCCUUUGUGCUUCCGAAGAGCUCUUUGGUCUCCUUUCUACUUCUCCUUUUGUGCAAAUCAAAUCCGCUGCCUCUGCCAUUUCUGCCUCAUCUCUUUUCCUGCUUGGAAUGAAUAACCUCUCAACUGGCGAAAACAUCAUCGGCGAUGUUUUUAUUCAUCCAACUGCUACUGUCGAUGCUGGAGCUAAACUAGGCCCGAAUGUAACGAUUGGAGCCGGUGCAGUUGUUGAAAAAGGAACAAGAAUUAAGAAUUCAAUUGUAUUGGAAGAUUGUCACAUAAAAGAACACACCUUGAUAAUGGACUCGGUAAUUGGAUGGAACUCCGAAAUUGGAAAAUGGUGCCGAAUUGAAGGGACCCCGCCCGCCGUAAAUCCAGAUAAACCAUUCGCCAGAUUAGAAUCUGACCGCCUAUUCGACUCUUCCGGUCGACUCAUUCCCUCGUCAACAAUUCUGGGCAAGAAUACCUUCCUCGCUGACGAGCUUGUAGUCCGAAACUCGAUCGUUAUGCCUGCUAAGAAACUGAACUACAAUAUUUCAAACCAAAUCGUACUAUGA